AUGACGGCCCUUUUCAACUUUCAGUCGCUGCUACUGGUGAUUCUUCUCAUCAUUUGCACAAGCAGUUAUGCGCACUCGAUUAUGCCGGGAAUUAUGGACCGGAAUCAGAAUGGAAUCUUUGGGAUAUUCUGGAAGUGUGCUCGUGUUGGAGAACGACUGAGCCCCUACGUUAGCAUUUGCUGCGUUCUGAUGGCAGUUUCCAUCUUCUUCGGUGGUUAA